AUGAAGUCGGAAAACGCAAAACAAAGCUCGCAAUCUCACCGACAGCAUCCAUACAAGCCUCCCCCCCACCCCUCGCCAUCGACCCUCAUCACGUUCAGACGACAACCACAACCCCACGACGAAGCCGACCACGCUCAUCUCCACCGCGACAGCCUCACUGCGCUCAUUGUCCGCCGACACGCGCUCGCUCCAUUGCUUGUAGUCCUCUGUAUGUGGCCCAAAGUCCUACGAAACGCCAUCGCAAUCUGCAUGGUUCCCAGUGGCAAACCCCCCUCUCAGCCCCCUUUUGAUCACCAAUCGACCUUUCAACCCCGUCUAACUGGCUCUCGCAUCCGAACAGCAUUCCAGGACCUGCAAACGUCCAUUGCAUUGUAUUCAGUUUCGCAUCGAUUGACGCCCCUCGAACGACCUUGA